AUGUUAAAGGACUGCACCUUGGAGAAAAGUGGCUGCCCGGAGCCCGUAACCAUGCGGGUCCUGUUGAGCGUCCUGUACCCCGUCCUCUCCCUCACCAUCUUCGGAUUAUACCCCUCUAUGACUAUCGGCCCAAAGGAGGGCUGGCAGGUGUACAGCUCGGCCCAGGAUGCUGAUGGGCGCUGUAUCUGCACAGUGGUGGCACCGGAACAGAGUCUGUGCUCCAGAGAUGCCAAGAGCAGACAGCUCCGCCAGCUACUAGAGAAGGUGCAGAACAUGUCUCAGUCUAUUGAGGUGCUGAACCUGCGGACUCAGAGGGAUUUCCAAUAUGUCAUGAAGAUGGAAAACCAGAUGAAGGGCCUGAGGACCAAGUUCAGACAGAUUGAGGAUGAGAGGAAAUCCAUCAUAGCCAGAAACUUCCAGGAGCUUAAGGACAAGAUGGACGAGCUGAAGCCGUUGAUCCCUGUACUGGAGCAGUACAAGAUGGAUGCUGCGCUCAUUUCCCAGUUCAAGGAGGAGAUCAGGAACCUCUCAGCAGUGCUGACAGGCAUCCAGGAGGAGGUUGGGGCCUUUGACUACGAUGAGCUCUAUCAGCGAGUCCUGCGACUGGACAGCCGGCUCCGCAGCUGUAUGGGCAAACUAACGUGUGGGAAAUUAAUGAAAAUCACUGGACCUGUUACAAUAAAGACAUCUGGAACCCGGUUUGGGGCAUGGAUGACUGAUCCUCUAGCAUCGACCAGAAACAACAGGGUUUGGUAUAUGGACAGUUACACUAACAGCAAGAUUGUGCGCGAGUACAAGACGAUGGACGACUUUGUAGCAGGGGUGGUUUCCCGAACCUACAACCUCCCAUUUAAAUGGGAGGGAACCAAUCACAUUGUCUACAAUGGAUCCCUUUACUACAACAAGUACCAGAGCAACAUAAUUGUCAAGUACAGCUUCGAGACAGGCAGCGUGUUGGCCCAGCGAGCUUUGGAGUUCGCCGGCUUCCACAACAUGUACCCAUACACAUGGGGGGGGUUCUCCGACAUCGACGUCAUGGCUGACGAACUGGGAAUGUGGGCUGUGUACGCGACCAAUCAAAAUGCUGGAAAUGUCGUCAUCUCCCAGAUUGACCCUUACACUCUACAGGUCAUGAAGACUUGGAACACUGAAUACUCCAAAAGGAAUGCGGGCGAAUCAUUCAUGAUCUGUGGGACGCUCUAUAUCACUAACUCUCACCUGUCCGGAGCGAAGGUUUACUACGCUUACUCUACGAAGACUUCAAGUUACGAGUACAUAGACAUUCCUUUCCACAACCAGUACUUUCAUAUCUCCAUGCUUGACUACAACGCCAGAGAGAGAGCACUGUACGCCUGGAAUAACGGACACCAGGUAAUAUUUAAUGUCACCCUCUUUCAUGUCAUAAAAACUGAUGAUGACUCUUAAACAUGAUACUUUUCCAACCAAAACUAAAGCACCAUCGUUUGUGAUAUAAAAAAGGACCUCCUAAUUAACCAUGUUUUCUUCUGUCAAAAGUGGACUAUGGUAUCUUUAAUUGCCGCUAGAACUUUUCUAAUUCGUGGCUCUGGCUGAAUUGAGCAUGGACACCAAUGACUUGAUACUU